AUGGCACCUUCUGCAACUGAAACUGAGGGCAUCGACGAGACCGUCCUGACCCUCCGCAAGGUCCUUGUCUCCGAAACCGAGCCCCUCGCUCGGCGCUUCCGCGCGCUGUUCUCCCUUAAGCACCUGGCCUGUCUGCAGCCUCCCACCGAGAAGACCCUCCCCGCUAUCCAAGCGAUCGCCGCCGGUUUCGCUUCUCAAUCGGCUCUCCUCAAGCACGAGCUUGCAUACUGCCUGGGCCAAACCAAGAACCGCGACUCUCUCUCGUACCUGCAGCACGUUGUUAAGGAUGUCGAGGAGGAUGCGAUGUGUCGCCACGAGGCCGCUGAGGCUCUCGGUGCCUUGGGAUAUUCCGACAGCCUGGAACUUCUGAAGAAGCUGCGGGACGAUGCGAAUGAAUUGGAAAUUGUCCGCGAGACCUGUGAUAUCGCAGUUGAUCGCAUUCUGUGGGAGAACUCUGAGGCGAAGAAGGCGGAGAAUCUCAAGGCUAGUGAUUUUACCUCUAUCGACCCUGCUCCCCCAAUGCCUCUGCAAAACAACGAGCCCUCAAUCCCCGAACUGGAGAAAACAUUGAUGGACACAGAACUUCCUCUCUUCCAAAGAUACCGGGCUAUGUUUGGACUUCGUGACCUUGCAUCGCCCCCAGACCUCCCCACAGCAGUCGGCGCUGUGAACGCGCUGGCCAAGGGUCUCAAGGACCCUUCUGCUCUGUUCCGUCAUGAAGUUGCCUUUGUUUUUGGACAGCUCUGCCACCCCGCCUCCAUUCCUUGUCUAACAGAAUGCUUAGGUGACCUGCAAGAGGUUGGUAUGGUGCGACACGAGGCCGCCGAGGCACUUGGUAGCUUGGGUGACGAGGAAGGUGUGGAGGCCACCCUGAAGAAGUUCCUGAAUGACCCUGAGCAGGUUGUGCGGGAUAGUGUGAUCGUGGCGCUUGACAUGGCAGAGUUUGAGAAGAGUGGCCAAGUUGAAUAUGCGCUGGUGCCCGAUGGGAAUGCCAUUGCCGUUUCUGCAGCAUAA